AAAGGAUGGGCUACGAUCCAAAGCCUCAAGAAAUAAUUACAGCUGCUUACCUAGUCGCAAAAUACCUUCAAAAUGUGAAGUUCAAUAAAAAAGUAUACGUCAUUGGAGGCGAUGGAAUCGGUGAGGAAUUAGAUUUGGUUGGAAUUCGGCACACAGGAAUAGGUCCGGAUAUUUUGGAGCCAGAUCUAAACACUUUUCUCCACUCUUUUGUGCCCGAUCCAGAAGUGGGAGCAGUGGUUGUCAGUUUUGACGAACACAUAAGUUAUCCAAAGCUCGUAAAAGCGGCGAAAUAUCUUAGCGAUCCAAGCGUACUUUUCCUUGCCACAAGUGUGGACCUCCGAAUUCCAGUAGCCACUGGAGUCGUACCAGGUCCUGGUGCCCUCAUUAAAUAUAUAGAGGCAUGCUCCGGGCGAAAAGCUACUGUUCUGGGGAAGCCUGAGCCAUUCAUCAGAAAAGUGGUCGUCGACACCUUCAACGUGACACCUGAGACGACAUUGUUCAUUGGCGAUAACGCUCAUACCGAUGUCCUCACAGGAAAGCGUUGCGGCACGAAAACUCUACUCGUCUUAUCUGGAAUAUCUAAAAGUGACGACAUCAAAGUCUGGACUGAAAGUGAUAAUAUGGAAACGAAGGACUUGAUUCCUGACUAUUAUACAGAUUCCUUAGCCGAUCUUCUUCCGUAUCUGUAAUGUAAAAAUUUGGAUUAGAUUCUAUUGGGAAAUGACUU